UUUAACGGAUUGUAACGAUAUACAUAUUGGAACGAACAAGUUGCACGAGUUGGAAGAAGUACAUGUUGCGUUAAGCACGACGGGGACACAUCCAGUGGAUAAGCAAGCCUCGCAAAGGGGAUCAGGGAAAACUUACAAGCCAUCUACAACGCCAUGCAUACUUCGAUAUCCAGUCAAAUCUAAUUCAGUAAUUGGUCUCACCGUUGUGUUACACGAGUUUGAAGAAGUACAGGUUGCGUUUAGCAAGAUGUGGAACCUUUCAGUGGAUAUGGAAGCCGCGCCAAGAGAAUCAAGGAUGCAGAACAAGGAAGGCGAUAUUGGUGUCAGAAGAGCGUCGAACAAAAAGCGUUAUCAAAACCUUCAAUCAAUCAUGCAGAUUCCAGAGCAUUUCACAGAAUUGUCUAUUCGGAUGUUUGACGCACUUGACUACAUUGGAGCUGGGAAGGAAACUGUAUUGGAGCGGAGGAGAACUUACUUGCGAAGGGAGCACAUUCAGAAAAUAUCAGAGAAACUACGAGGACAGAACCAUGAGUGUUUUCAUUUCGGGAGCCAGUCGGAAGGGACCACAACUCCCGGUCUCCAGUCUGAUAUUGAUUUUCUAGUAAGUAGCCAUAUAUUCAAUAUCAUGACCGUCUGGGAAGACUGGGAGGCUGGGAUGGGGAACCUUCUGAUGCUCCACGACAACACCACUCCACCUCAACAGUACUUGCUACAAGUCAUCCAAAACUACACACCGGAACCAGUGACCAGUCUGACCGAUGACAGUGGUCAUCUUCAAGCGGCAGUUCGAGUGUUGGAGGAUGUGGAGAGGAGGUAUCACAGCAAGGUCAAGGCUGUGUGUGCAUUUAGAGGUAUAACAGGAGACCGACAUCUCCAGGUGUUUGCUGAUAUGUUAUCAGGAAACAAAGAAGAGGGAUUCAUUGAUCCGCCAUUCGCAUUAUGUGUAAGCUUUUUAAGGCAAGAAUCAUAUUGCACUCCUGCCAUAUUAUUGUUUGAAAUGAAUCGCAAUAUCACUGAAGAGGAAGUGACACAGAGAGAUUACACUGAAAAACGUUGGAUGGGCAGUGCUGAGGUGGAUGCUCUUCCGUUCCUAUACUAUAUGCAGUACAUCACGUAUGGGGGACUCGGUGAACGUGACACACAGCUUCAUGCUAUGGGAGUCCUCGAGGCUUAUAUAGAUACAUGUGUAAGAAAUCAACUCAACCUGUAUCACCAAGAGACAGCAUUGAACUUGCUGGGGCAUUGUUACGAAAUGGAAGGAGACUAUGCAGGAGCGUUACGCUACUACAAGUGGUCGAUGCGUUGUCUUCGUACAAACAACGCCGCUAACUGGCACGUCCUGCGUAUUAUGCGUCUCAUAAGUGGUUAAAAGAACAAUAUAGCAAUGUAACGACAUUAAACAAAUAACUAUAAACCUAUGUUAAAUAUAAGAUAUUUGUGACCAGUUAGUUAGUCUCGAUUAUGUAAUUCAAUGGUAUGUACAUGUAUUAUAAACUGUAAGAAGAGGCAA